AUGUCCCGGUUUCUCGCUCAGGAGUCGACGGUCACCGCCAGCUCCUACACCGUCGACUCCUCCAGCGCCAAGGUCGACGGCUUCCACUACUGCACUACUCUGGGCGCCGGAGCACAGUGCGGAACACUCAGCUGGACCGGGAACAACUGGCCCGAGUCUAAAGCCAAAGGGGAGGCGACGCACACCAUUCCGGAAGAGUGUGAGAGACUCUUCUGUGACACACUAUCCGCGACCUUCCUUGGUGAGAGGAUUGACGCCGGACAGGAGUCACUGGGAAUGGGUACGUUCCAACAGACUCAGCCAAGUCAACAGCACAGUCAACACCGUCUCGGGGACCACCACGGAUCGAUCCAGAAAUGGGUCGAAGUGUGGGACUACAGCGGCGAUGCAAUCUACCGCGGCUUCGUAACGGGCGAGGACGACGAGCGAACGCUGUUCGUGUUCCUCGAGGACGGCACCAUCGGGCACGGCCUGAAAUCUGGGUUAAUUGCACUUUUCGAACUGGCGGGAACCGACGCCUUCGAUUGCUCCCAGAUCGUCGCCUGCGUCAAGCGUUCCCAGCACGCCGAUGAGAUGGAGCUCGUCCGCAGCCUCGGAUGGUGCGGUUUCAACCUGACUACCCUGGAUCCCUGGAUCAAGGGCACAUCGGGUACGGCAGGGCCAGCACUAAGCACGGAGUGGCUUUUCUUGGUUGCUGAAGUAUAG